AUGGGAAGAAGCUCCCGUUGUGAGAAGGAUGGACUGCGCAGAGGAUUUUGGACUGAUGCUGAAGACCAAAUUCUGCUUGAUUAUGUCAGAGAGCACGGCGAAGGGAGAUGGGAGAAACUAUCGAGGGAAACAGGUCUGAAGAGAUGUGGGAAGAGUUGUAGGCUUAGAUGGUUGAAUUAUCUGAGGCCUGAUAUCAAGAGAGGCAACAUUACACAAGAAGAAGAAGAAUUGAUCAUCAGACUCCACAAACUAUUAGGCAACAGAUGGUCAUUGAUAGCUGGAAGGCUUCCAGGUCGUACAGACAAUGAGAUCAAGAACUACUGGAACUCUAUCUUAAGGAAGAAGGCAAAAGAAAACCAAUCAGAAAGGUCUAGAAAUGAGAGGAAAACCAUUGAAGACUUGGCUACAGAAGCUGCGUCAUCAGUCGAGACCGAUUCACAUUUUACCAAAGAAGAACGCAGACCAACAAACAAUGGAAUUGAAGAAAAGAAUACAGAAGCAGAACCAGAUUGCCAUGAUGGAUUCUUACCUAACACUAGUGACAGUGAUAUGCCACGGAACUUCAUAACGGAUCUCAAUGAAGGGCAACUUAGCAUAUCUGAGUUUCUCCAUACCGACUUCACAAAGCUUUGUGAACUGAAUAUGAAGAUUGUUGAUUGCACAAAUAACUGUAGAAAUGGGUCAUUAAUGUCAACCCCAACCACUGAAGCUCCUUUGCAUUUGGAGGAGUUGCUAAAUGAUUGGGAAGCUUACGACUUUUAUCUGCCCUGA